AUGAAAAGCACACCCCUCAUUAUCAACUGGCAUGACCAGAAUGCACCCGUCUACUCAGCACACUUUGAGCCUAACGGCAAGGGAAGACUAGCCACUGCGGGCGGGGAUAACAAUGUUAGGUUGUGGAAAAUCGAGGGUGACGGAGAGUCCCGUAAGGUCGACUAUCUCUCUACUCUAGCCAAACAUACACAGGCCGUAAAUGUCGUGAGAUGGUCUCCCAAAGGUGAUCUUCUCGCUUCAGCUGGAGAUGAUGGUAACGUUAUUCUCUGGGUACCAUCCGAAACUCAUCAAGCUGCCUUUGGUUCUGAUGGGCUCGAGGACAAGGAGACGUGGAGAGCCAGACAUAUGUGCCGGUCUAGCGGCGCAGAAAUCUAUGAUCUAGCGUGGUCACCGGAUGGCUCCCACUUCAUCAUUGGGAGUAUGGAUAACAUUGCGCGCAUCUACAACACUGCGUCCGGCUAUCUUGUUCGACAGAUUGCGGAGCAUAGUCACUAUGUCCAGGGAGUGUCAUGGGAUCCUCUUAACGAAUUCAUCGCUACGCAGUCCUCGGACCGGUCCGUUCACAUCUACUCCUCCGAACCAAAGACGGGCAGGCAGUAUCAGACGCAACACCAGGUUGACAAAGACUCGAAACCCACUUAUGAGGUUAUCAACACUGUGUAUAUAUACACUCGAGGUGGCAUCAACAAGGCCCCAAUCGCCCAUCUUCCUGGCCACAAGAAGCCGUCCGUCGUUGUGCGCUGCUCUCCGAUCUUCUACCAGCUGCGCCAAACCCCGGCCACUACCAAACACAUCACUAUUGAUACGUCCUCCUCUGAAGAGCCGAUCCCCUCACUCCCUGAGCCCCUCUCCGCACCCUCACACGGCCCUCCGGCCAUGGAGCCUCCGCCACUUCCUACUCCUGUCCCCUCAGACCCGACCUCGAACCCGGCGAAGCCAUCUGGAGGAGACUCUGGCGGGGCUACUGCCUCAACAACCGGCCCAAGGCCCGCGUUCGUGCUACCGUAUCGGAUGGUCUAUGCCGUUGCUACCCAGGAUUCCGUCCUCCUCUACGAUACUCAACAGCAGACACCCCUUUGCGUUGUAAGCAACUUGCACUGCGCUACCUUCACUGACCUUACAUGGGCAAGCGACGGGCUGACUCUUCUAAUCACCUCUUCUGACGGCUUUUGCUCUACAUUAUCGUUUGACGUUGGUGAGCUUGGCGAUGUAUACUCGGGAGAAGUGCCCAGCUUCAAGAACCCAACCGUCUCAGCUCUCGCCAGCUCUGGAGCAACCCAAAAUCCAUCGGCCCUCACACCUACCUCGGCGUUUGCACCACCCUCACCUUAUCAAGGCCACCAGCACCGAAAUUCAGCAAGCUCCUUCACCGCCCCGUCACCUCCUACAUCCACCGUGUCGUUCCCUAGUGGCCGUCCUAGCUCACCCGCCAGGUCCAAUUCAGUCUCCUCAGUCACUACCCAGGCAUCGACAGUCGUCGUGAGUAACCCUCCUUUGAUUGUUGGGAGUGUACCGGGGAUUGCGGCGACCAAUUCGGGCAAGGUAACGGGUAUCCCAAUCACCACUCCGCCAGAGACUCCUCGCAGCAGCGCUGCCACAGUUGGUGCAAAACGGGCUGCUAGCGAGGCCGAGAAAGACGAACCCCAAGAACCAAAGAAGCGGCGCGUCGCGCCGACACCAGUAGCACAGAAUCCUUAA